AUGUUUUCUGCAAAAAACAAAGGAGGAAACAUCAGCAAGGCUGAGAGGGAGAGACUGCAAAGAGAGUCAGACGAACAAAGACAUAGAGAGGAAGAAGAAGCUUGUGUCAUCGCUGAGCAUGAGGAGAAUGAACGGCUGGAGAGGGAGCGAAUAGAACAAGAAAAACAAUAGCAACUCGAGUUGAAGGACUGAGAGUGCAGAGAGGAUGAGCUGAAUGAACUGCGGCACAUUCUAGAUGAGAAUCACUCUGCAGUCACUGCGUGGGAAUCUGAAUGCAGACACAAAGCUAAGUGGGAGUGUUACAUGCGUUGUGGCGGCAGCUCAGAUCCAUCAGUGCAGCCAGAAAUCAACUCCUUCAUCAGUUUGUGGAGAGAAGACUCAGAAACUCAAAUCCAUCAGGUCUUGGGGAACUGUGCUCUGGCUCUUCAGUUGAGAAAUGAAUUGCACUUUCUCUUGAACGAGGGUGCUGAGCCCAGUGUUGCUCAGCUGUAUCGAGAAACACUCCUGUGUCUACAGAGUCUUAUCCACUGCAAACUCAACCAGGCCACUGAGGAGCUUUUGAAGUCCGCAAGUUCUCAUUCUGACAUUGAGACCGGCAACAUGCAGACUGUAGUCCAGGAUGAAAAUAUCACUCUGUGUCUGUGGGCGAACCUCAACAUGAUCCUUCAUACACGAUAUGAUCACCUGACCCAUCACAGCGAGCGAGAACAGCUCCAGAGAAGGAGAUCCAUGAUGGAGGCCAUUCUCACUCCACCAAUUGAGAGCAUUGCAGUGGUGCAGGAUGAGAAGAUGGAGGAAAAGGGGGAUGAGGGAGAAAGCUCAAAGCCAGUGGAUGAAGACGGUCGCCGGUCGGAGUCCAUGUGUCAGAGUGCUGUGAGUGUGAUCUCAGCUAAGGAGGGGAAGAAGCGCUCUUCAGUCAAGUUGUUAGAGGAAGGAGAAAGUCAGAUGGAGGAAAUCAAAGCAGCAUUAGAAGCUGAUUUGGACUUUUCGUAUUUCACUUCCUGAUUUUCCCAAUUUAUUUCUUCUUUUUCCUUACAUAUAGUGGACCUGCAGCAGUUCACACCCCUGGGCGGAGUCUUCUACUUUGAUGUGCUCCAUCUACCACCUCAGUCUAACGUAGUGAAGGGCUGGAAAAUGAGAGAGCUGUUAGAAACCGAUCUCCAGGUCUUCCGGCCCUAUCCCACAGAGCAGUCUCGCGCUCAGAGCUCUACAUCAGUGAGGCUGGAUGAACACAGUAGCACUGUUGCCUCAUUGUCUGUAGGGGUCACUGUAGAUCUGCCUGACUCAAUAUUGUUUCUGGAGGAUACACAUGAGGCACGUUGGGAUCCUAUCGGUGAACAAUUCCCAACACACAUAUGUAGCAUCAGACUGUGUAGUGUAUAUACAGGUAAGCAAUGUAUGCUGCACAUGGACAAAACAAAGAACCUAGAUCACCUAGGAAAGUGGAUGAGCCCCUCAGAUCUGCAGAAGGCCAUGCAGAGAACUGGAGUCAAUAUAUUUGUGAACGAGUAUUCAGACAAGUAUGUCCACAUCAACCCAAAGGACCCAUUAAUAGAGCACACAGUGUAUGAACAAAUGGCUCUAAAGUCCUCAGCCAUGGCUUUUUCAUGGAGCCCCUAGAACACACAAUGCGGAUAAGAACAUCUUGUUCUUCAGGCCUGUGAUCAGUUGGAGGCCGGGCCUGUGGCUGAAGAGACAUGGUCUCUUUACCUGCUGGGUGCUCAGAGGAACCAGCAUCUGAAGAUGGAGCAUGACGAUAGCUUCUCUCCUGAGCUGGCCAAGGGCAGCGAGUUCCACUCCACCUUUCUGCGCAUGCUCAAACAGGACAUGAGCACCAAGGCAGAGUCGUCUCACUAUAUCUGCACAGACACUGUACAGAGGCUCCUGUGUGCAACACGUGUCCUUACAUAUUCCUAA